AUGCCAACCAUCAAGGAUGAGUUUGUACGGCGGCACGGGUUGGAAUGGCCGCUCAACAACCAGCAGAUUGGGGCCUGGGUCUUCAUUGCCUACUUUGCCCUGAUUCUCUUUGGUGGCUUGGCCCCCAACGUUGCCGUUCGCUGGCAAGCCUUGGCCUUUUUUGGACCCGGGAUUCUCUUUGGCGUGCACGCCGUGACCUUGGCCGUCUGCACCUGCAUGGACCCCGCGGAUCCGGCCGUGCGCUACGACCUGGCUCGGCCCACCACAAUUGACCGCAGCCAACGCAAACAUGUGAUUAUGAACCAAGAGUGCUACUUUUGUCAGGUGCGCGUCAGCUCCACGGCCAAGCACUGCAGCGCUUGCAACAAGUGCGUGUCGGACUUUGACCAUCAUUGCCGCUGGAUGAACAAUUGCGUUGGUGGUCGCACCUACAAGCUCUUCUUCGUCAGCAUCCUUGCCGGUGCCCUCGGGACCGCGGCCCUCUUUGCGCUGCUCUUUUACCUCCUCAUCGCUCUCCACGCCUUCCGUGAUUCCGAUCAUCUGCACCUCAGCCCUGAUCGCCGAGACUUGCAGGUCCUGGGCCACGAUGUAACGGAUGCCGGCAUGACAGUUUUAUUGGUUGUGACCAUCAUCUUGAACGGCCUCGCGGCCUUUAUGCUCUGGCAGCUCUUGACCUUUCAUAUCAUGCUCAUUUCCAACAAAAUGUCGACGUUCGAGUUCAUCAAGAAGCAACGGGCGGAGGAGGAGGCACGGUUGGCAGCCGAGGCCGAGGAGGAGGCCAAUCCCAAAAAUGCGGCUACUCCCAACACACGCUGCCGAGCGUUUCGUGAUUGCUGCUCUGCCCGCUCCAAUCGGGUGGGACCAUCCGGUGGCAAGCCCAUGGAGGCCGUCGAAGCUCAGCAAGCCCCGAGCCCGCCGUGA